UAACCAAUAUUAAAAUUCUACCAUUGGAAUUUUAUUCAUUAUAGCAAGAUUAAUUGUCUUUCGUGAGGUGCUAACAUCGAAAUUUAAAAAAUUUCAAUUCAGUUCGUUCAGAAAAGUUCGUUUUGUUAGCAGAGAAAAAGGAGUUCAGCUGCUUCAGCGCAUUUAACUAUUCGAAUUAGUCCGAUUUCGCUUGGAUUGUUUUUAUUGGAAAUUUUGCAAAAUGGUCGCUUCGUUAAAUGCUUGCCAAAACGGCAUAGUAAGUUCCGCAAUCGGGGGCGCCGCUAAUGGAGUAAUCACCAAUGGCACAGUCACUGCAACCAAUGUGAGCAAGACUUUGGCUAAAGACAAGUACACUUUGGUGGGCAUCGAUAUUGACACAACGGGACGUCGUCUCAUCGAUGAAAUUGUCCAGUUGGCCGCAUAUACCCCAAAAGAUCAUUUUGAACAAUAUAUUAUGCCAUACAUGAACUUGAAUCCUGCCGCUCGUCAACGUCAUCAAGUACGUGUGAUCUCAAUCGGAUUCUAUCGUAUGCUGAAAUCAAUGCAAACAUAUAAGAUUAUCAAGUCCAAAUCGGAAAUCGCUGCCUUGAAAGAUUUUCUUGAUUGGCUGGAAGCGCUAAAAGCCAAAGAUGCAGCAUCGCAAGGUAUCAUUCUAGUCUAUCAUGAGGAACGCAAAUUCAUUCCAUAUAUGAUUUUGGAAUCGCUUAAAAAGUACAAUCUGCUGGAUAGAUUCCUCAACACUGUCAAAUCUUUCGCUAACGGUUUUAAUUUGGCCAAAGACAAUGCCAACGAAUCAUUGCAACAUUAUACAUUGCGCAAACUGUCCAAAGUCCUGAGCGCCAAAACACUUGAGAUAAACAAUAAUGCUUCCGAUGGCGAAGCAAACCACAACAUAAGCUCAACGACUGUGACAGCCGAGAAUCAGAGCCCCCAAAAGUCGUUGAAUAAGGGCGCUCCAGCACAGGAGCGUGAGUUGUUUGACGGCAAUGCUAGUGUGCGUGCUAAACUGGCAUAUGAAGUAGCACUGCAGUUGAGCAACCAAGAACAAAAGGUGCCCAUUGAUUCGUCUGCUGCAUUGGAGCAGAUGCUCACCGCCUUGCAUACGUAUGCACAACCCAUCGAAUGCGAUUUGAAUGAACUACAGACUCAAAAUGAGAAUUUAGAGCGUCAAAAUUCAUUCCGACCGGUGUUUUUGAACUACUUCAAAACCACACUCUAUCAUCGGGUGCGUGCUGUCAAAUUUCGCAUUAUACUUGCCGAACAGCGCUACGACCUGCAAACACUGAAUGCAAUUUGGAGUGAGAAACAGAAAGAGGGUCUCUCCGAAAUACUGCAAGUCAUUGAGGAGCUCAAGGCAGAAGAUAAGGCGGAGUUGGCCGAUUUAUUUGACAGUUACUUCGAUCCAGCAAAAACGACUAUUAAGCCGAUUGUUAAGAACAAUAAUCGCCGCCGAAAUAGACGCGGAGUACGCAACAUUAAAAACGACGGUAGCAAUAGUGCUCGACCAUGUAGCGAACAAGGCGCAGGCGGCGACAAACAAGUCGCAGCCGGCUUGCUGCCCGAUUCCACAACUAAGUCUUCAUCUCCGCCUAACGGUGGCAAGCCUCAGCGCGGUAAGCGUAACCCCCGCUCCCGUAAUAACUCCUUAAAAGCACAGCUACAAAGCGCCGUCGACACAAACAACAUAACGGCAGCAGUAACCAAUUAAGCAUCAAUGUUGAUAAAAAUGAAUUCUACACAGACGCUGUUGCAACAAAAAAAAGUAAUGUUUUCUAAUAGUAUAUUUAACCAGCGUAUGUUUAGACAUAUAUAAUAAACAUAUGUAUUAUUGACCGUUAAGAUAUCAGAAAUAUUUACUAAUGUGAAAAUUAGAGUUUGAUGAUUUUAUAUUUACCUUUUUUAAUACAUUUAUGCAUUAUAUUA